AUGUCGCUACUCAGCCUCUCACUAGACGAGUUUCGAAAAUCUCAGCUUUCUGAGUCAGGCCAGCCGUAUGACAAGAUUGUUGUUGGCGCGGCCGCGUUUCGUUAUGGCCCAAACUUGACGUCGUCAAGCAUCCUUCUCCUAAAAAGAGCGGCUCACGAGCCAUACUUCCCAAAUGUCUUCGAGCUACCCAGCGGGAAAGUCGAUCCGGAUGACAAAUCUCUCAAGGACGCUCUUGUCCGCGAGGUGAAAGAAGAAACUGGUCUAGAUAUCGUCGAAAUACACGCAGAGCUAGAACCAAUGACAUACUCAAAGGAGAAAGCUGUCAUGGAUGACGCUGGAAAAGAAGUCAUUGUUUCGAAGAGUGCCAUUCAACUCAAUCUUGUCGUUUCGGUAUCUGCUGGCACAGUGACAUUAAAUGCGGAAGAACACUCAGAUUGCCGAUGGGCCACAAAGGAAGAAUUAAUUGAGCUGGAUAUUACAGACGCUAUGAGAGUGGUUAUUCAGGAAGCGUUCGAGUGGGCUACCAAUCAAUGA